CAAACUCUUCAAAUAUAUCUCCCGAAGUUCCCUUGUCAUCUUUUCUCAUAUGCAAAAGUAGUAGGGUUUGAGCCAAGACAUGGCGACUCAAUUUUUCGAUUUUGUCAUAAUUGGCGGAGGGACGGCCGGGUUAGUCUUAGCUAACCGUCUCUCCGAGGACCCGAGCCAACGGGUUCUUGUCUUAGAGGCUGGCGGUGAUCUGACCGGGGACCUCCGAAUCACCACCCCAGCCUUUUUCCAAAUUCUUCUCGGAUCAAAAGCCGAUUGGGCCUUUGAAACCGAGUCUCAGUUAAAUCUUGGGGGUAGACGUGUGGCUUUAAAUCAAGGCAAAGCGCUGGGGGGUUCGAGUGCCAUCAACUCUCACGUAUUCAUACCUCCUUCUAAGAGCCUGGUUGACUCCUGGGAAUCUUUGGGGAAUGAUGGGUGGAAUUGGGACGCCCUUCAACAAUAUUAUGCAAAGGCAUAUACAUCACCAUACGUUGACGAAGCCACCAAAAACUCGUUAGGGAUAGAUGGGUGGGCUUCGAGAAACGAGUCAUCAAAAGGCCCAAUACAAGCCUCUUUUUCCGGUGACAGCUCUCAUCCCAUCCGGAAAGCUUGGACAGAAGCUUUCAAGAGCAAUGGAUAUUAUAUGCCCACUGACCCUUUUCUAGGGGCUUCUGUGGGAGGGUUCAGUACUAUGGCAAGUAUACAUCCAGAGACCAAGGAACGAAGCUAUGCUGCUUCGGCAUAUUAUAAUCCUAUUAGGCACCGGGAAAACUUACACAUUUAUACAAACGCCUUAGCCGAGAAAAUUCUCAUCGAUGGCAGUCAGAAAUCAAGAGCUUAUGGAGUUCAAUACAAACAAAACAACAAGAUAAAGACUGCUAUUGCUGCGAAGGAGGUGAUAUUGGCCGCAGGUGCUUUACAGUCCCCGAAACUGCUAGAACUUUCUGGAAUAGGGAACCCGAGAAUACUUGAGAAAUACAAGAUUCAAGUCAUCAAGGAUCUACCCCAAGUUGGUGAAAACCUACAGGAUCAUCUAGGUUGUUACGUAAGUUACGAGGCAGCCGACGACAUUGACACACUCGACGAUCUGGUACGACACGAUCCGGAAGCACUUGGAAAAUCUAUGAAAGAAUAUGCAUCUGAUAGAUCAGGCAUGCUUGGCUCUCUUGGUGUUUACGCAUACGCGUAUAUGCCUUUGGUUCAUUGUAUUUCUGGCGAUAGCCGUCGUACGCUGAAGGAACUACUGGAUCAACACAGACCGACCUUGGGGAAACAGCCCGACGAAGCUCGGGACCGUAUCUACUACGAUACCACAGAAAAAACACUGCUGAACCCAAAGGAACCGUCAGGAACCUUUCUUGUCGCACUAUCGCAACCUCCAACCCCAAUGGAGCCCGGGUCGAGUUCGACAGGUCCUCUGAAAGGUAAAUUUAUUACGUUUAGCGUAAUGCUAUCACAGCCUCUUUCUCGUGGGAGCGUCCAUAUCAAUUCCGACCAGAUCUGCGCAUCUCCUCUCAUUAAUCCCAAUUAUCUGUCAAACCCCUUAGACCUCGAGGUCCAUGCGCGCCAUGUACAAUACAUUGAAACGAUCGCCACAUCGCCUGCGUUCAAUACGAUACUCAAGCAGCCCCUCCGCCGCAGCAAUUCGUCGUUUGAUAUGAAUGACUUAGACCAAACUAAGGACUAUGUUAAGUCAAGUGCAGCAUCGGUAUGGCACGUAUGUGGCAGCUGUGCCAUGCUUCCAGAGGACAAGGGUGGUGUUGUGGAUACGCGACUAGGGGUCUACGGAGUAGAGAACCUGCGUGUAGUAGACGCGAGCGCCAUCCCGCUAAUUAGCACCGCCAGCAUGCAAACUACCGUAUACGCCUUCGCGGAACGGGCUGCCGAUUUGAUUAAGGAGAUACAUGGGUUGAAAUGAUGGGAGUUGGGAAUUGGGCAGAUACCUAGGUAACGGAAACAAUUGGGAGUUGAUGGAAUCUGUAUUGAAAUGAAUUGCUAAGUCGAUCUAAGAAGC